AUGACUUUUAAUCAUGAAGUUGGAGAUAUGCGCACUAAAAAUUUUAAUUAUUUUGGAGACAACUAUAUGACAAAUGAUUUGAGAGUUCCUUUAGAAUAUAACACGUGGACUUCAGAUAAGAGUGAAAGAAAUACUGAAUUGAUAAUUAGUACAAUUUAUCCUUUUUUAAAAAAUAUUGAAACUACUAAUCAAAUUAACAAUUUAAAUGAUCGAGGUUAUAAUAGUUUUCAUCAGUUACUAACUAAAAAUAAUUGUAGUAAUUUUAAAAAAAGUUUAUGUAAAAUGAUACCAUUUAUUUUAUUGUUUACUACUUUAUGUACAUUUAUUAUGGAUGAGUAUAUGUUUAAAAAUAUUUCAUCCGAGCAAUUGGAUUUAUUGUUAUCAGAUCUAUAUAAAUAUAAAAAUUAUUAUAAUGAUGAAAAAUUUACACAAGUAAUUACAUACUUAAAAUCUAAAAUAACUAAAGCUAUAAAUCAAGAACAUAGAUCAAGCAUGCAAAAUUCUUUAUUUUAUAAUUCAGGAAAUGAGUUCAAUCAUUCAAGUGCUAAAAAAACACGACACAAACCUGCUGUAUCUCUUGGAAAGCAUCGUUUUACUGGAGUACAAGGUGAUAAUGAUAAUAUGAAUAAAGUUCAUAUCAAUGUCAAAGAACCUAAAAAAUCAUAUACAUUGUCUAAAGAGAAACCAAAUGUUAUUAGCCAGAAUAUACUUGAAAAAACAAGGAAACAUUUGAUGUUUCAAAGUAUUAACAAUAAGUGUAAUGAAUUACAAGUGAAGAAUAAAAGUGUACUGGAAACAAAAAAGAAAGACGAAAUAAGAUAUAAAAUAUUUCCAAUAGACAAAACAUUUAUUGAAAAAAUUCCUUAUUCAUUUAAAGCAAAAAAUCCAUCGGUUUAUGAUAUAUUUUUUGAAAACAUUUGUAUAAAAAAAUUUCCUUUUAAAUGCAUUAAUACUACUAUAGAAUACGAAAUAUAUAUCAAUAAAUUAAAAUCUGAACGCUCAAAUGAAAAAAAAGUUGGUUUUAAUAAGACUUCUACAAUUAAAUUAAAUGAUUCAAAAUUAAUAAAAUUAAAAUUUGAAAAUUUUUCUACAGAAAAAGUUAUUUAUUCAUCUGAAAUUUUGACAAAGGAUGAAGAAACAGUUAAAAAUAAUGAUUAUAAAAGUUUAAACAAAAUUGAAACUGUUUCAGAUGUUUCUCAAAGUACUGUUAAAACAAAAAUAAAAGAAAAAAAAUCAUCUAAAAAAAAAGAUAGUAGUUAUUCUAAAAAUUAUCAUUUUCCAAGAAGAACAAAAAGGUCAAGUUCUUUUAAUAAUUGUGACUAUUGUUCAGACUUAGAGUCAAACAGAUCAAUAUAUUAUUACAGUCGAAGCUCUUCCAGGAAACGGAAUCAUUCAGGAGAUAGGCAAGAAACUGAAACACAUAGAUUUUCAAAAUCUAAAGCAUACGAUUUAGGAAUUAUUGAUUGUUGGAGAUAUAGAAAUGGAUUUUGUCGAUAUAAAUUAAAUUGCAAAAAUUUACAUGGAAAUCAACGAACUACUGGAUACAUAAGAUCUUUAACACCUAUUCUUGAAACAAGAUCAAAAUCUAUUUGUUGUGAUAGAUAUACAAGAAAUGAUUAUAAAUAUUCGCAUAGAUGA